AACUAAUAUUUUGAAUCCAAAGCAUUUCGCAUGCGUAUUCACUAUCACAUUAAAAUAAAACAUGUAAAAUCUAAAAGUGAUCUUAUACUUUAAAAAUAAUAAAUAAAUAAAAUUUAAUCUUCGUCUUGCUCCUCCUGCUCCUCCUCCUCCUCCUCCGUUGGGUUUGGAUCUUUUGUUUCUCUAUUGUGCGAUCUGGGUUUUUCGGUCUCCGGCGCGCGCCAUUGGAGAGGAUGCUUCUGAGAUCCAUCCUCUCCGCCGCACUCCGUGGCCGCUCCACCCGGAGACUCUUCUCCGUUGUUGCUCCCCGUGGAGCUUCAAUGGGGAAGGAGAGACCACCCGAUUCGCGAUCCAAGGUGUUUUUUGGUUUCAGAGAAACAUAUUUCCGGGCCUAUAAUGGCUUACAUGACUUAAGAUACCAGAUUUAUCAGGAUGGAAGUUCAAUACCUGAGGAAGGACCUGACGACCCCUUCUUGUUGGUUGCUGAUGAACUGUCGCUACUUGCGAAUAGAUUGCGAUCGUUGGUGGUUACUGAGGUGCCUAAGCUAACAUCAGCUGCUGAAUACUUCUUCAAAAUGGGAGUUGAAGGAAAGAGAAUGUGCCCCACCGUCUUAUUGUUAAUGGCAUCAGCUUUGAAUGUGCCUGUACGAGAAUCAAUUGCUGAUGGAGUGUCCAGUGGCUUGUCAAAUGAGUUGCGUUCUCGACAGCAGGCGAUUGCUGAAAUAACUGAAAUGAUUCAUGUGGCAAGCCUUCUUCAUGAUGAUGUUUUGGAUGAUGCCGAUACUAGGCGUGGCAUAGGUUCAUUAAACUUCGUAAUGGGGAACAAGCUUGCUGUUCUGGCUGGUGACUUUCUGUUUUCUAGAGCCUGCAUCUCACUUGCAUCACUGAAAAACACUGAGGUUGUAUCUCUUAUGGCAACUGCUAUAGAAAAUCUUGUUACAGGUGAAAAGAUGCAGAUGACAACAACUUCUGAGCAACGCCGCAGCAUGGAGUACUACUUGCAGAAGACAUACUACAAGACUGCUUCGCUGGUUUCAAACAGUUGCAAAGCUAUUGCAGUUCUUGCAGGGCAAACUUCGGAAGUUUCAAUGCUUGCAUAUGAGUAUGGUCGCAAUUUGGGUUUAGCGUAUCAGUUGAUUGACGAUGUACUCGAUUUCAUGGGCACGUCAGCUGCACUCGGGAAAGGCUCCUUGUCUGACAUUCGACAUGGAGUCGUAACAGCUCCAAUAUUAUUUGCCAUAGAAGAGUUCCCCCAAUUGCGUGAAGUUGUUGACCGGGGUUUCAAAAAUCCUGCAGAUGUUGAUAUUGCCCUUGGCUACCUUGGUGAGAGCUGCGGAAUUGAGAGGACAAGAGAAUUGGCGAAAGAACAUGCAAAUCGCGCAGUAUUAGCAAUCGAGGCUCUUCCCGAGAGUGAUGCUGAGGAUGUUCAAAGUUCGAGGCGUGCACUUAUCAACCUUACUCAUAGGGUCCUCACAAGAACCAAGUGAAGUGCAUAUUUUCUUGGUAAAUAGACUCGCAACUCGGAUCCCUUCGGAAGUAGCCAUGCUACAAAUAUGUUGUAAACUAGUAAUCUAAUCAGAUGUUUCGGAUUGGUGAUUAUCGCAUACUUAUGCGCAAGCUCGCAGGGGACUUGAUGAUUGAGAAAAUUAAUCCAGAUUUGUUCACAUAUCAGAUGAUUCUUGUUUCCUAGUUCUGAUGUAUGAUAACAUAUAUCCAUAAGCUUGUUACUUUUCAGUAUUCACUUCGUCAUAA